AUGUUGCAAACGUCUUACGUCGUAUGCAAAUAUUUACUAUACUCAGAUGUUGCGCCUCUGGACAAAAGUUUUUUGGACUACGCCGCUUCUGUACCCGGAACCACUGCUGUCGGAACAGUGCUCGUCUUGUAUACAGGUGGUGCGAUCGGAAUGCAAAAUGAAGGCGGUACCUCGACACCUUCAACCAUCUCAUUCCCUCUGGCGAUGCCGUUGGAUGAGGAUGGACGACGUAUCCUCUACCGUCUACUAGAGUAUGACACUCUGCUCGACUCUUCAGAUUGCCAAGUGGGGGUUUGGGUAAACCUUGCCAAAGACUUGGAGCGCUUCUAUGAUUACUUUGACGGCUUCGUCAUCCUUCAUGGCACUGAUACUCUGCCCUAUGCUGCCUCUGCUCUCUCUUUCAUCCUUGAAAACCUCACCAAACCUGUCGUGAUGACUGGUAGUGAGUUGCCCAUAGAUAGGCUUCGCAAUGAUGGGCGAACUAAUCUUCUAGGAUCCCUGCUCUUUGCUGGUGGUGGCUACGACAUUCCUGAGGUUACUGUGUUCAUUCAAAACGCGCUUUACCGCGGCAAUCGGAUAGUCAAGGCAGCUACCACCGACUUGGAGGCUUUUACAUCACCGAAUUCAGAACCACUGGCCGUGAUGGAAGAACAUAUUAAGGUGUACGAGGAGCGCAUUUGGCUAGCGUCUAACCAGGCCUCCAAGCGACUACGGGUUCAAUCCAACCUUUGCCCUAACGUAGCUAUUCUGCGUCUCUUUCCCUCCAUUCCUAUUAGCACUGUGAGGUCGUUCUUCCAGCCCCCUAUGCAGGGAGUUAUUUUAGAGACAUAUGGAACAGGCAAUGUCCCCUCCAAUAACACAGAACUCAUUGAGGCAUUGAAAGAAGCCCAUGACGAACAUAACAUUGUUCUCCUCAAUGUCACCCAAUGCUGGAAGGGUACUGUAGCAAAUGUCUAUGCAACAGGCGCCAUUCUGAGCAGCGUCGGAGCUGUUUCUGGUUGUGAUAUAACUACAGAGGCAGCGCUGAUGAAGAUGGCCUACGUGUUGGGCAAGUGGGAUGAUCCUGUCACACAGAGGCGCAUGUUAUCCCACUCAUUGCGUGGGGAAAUGACUGAACCAUUUGUGGAGACUCGAAGCCAUCGUCGACAUUCAGUGAGCACCAGUCAGACUUCUGAGCGAUCGGCGCCUAAAGAGAUGACUACAGCGCUAGGAGAAGCGCUAUUGAACGCAGAAACCACCGGAUUGGCUAGACAGUGGUCUGAAAACCUUUUCCAUUCGCUGAUAUGUGCUGCAGCAGAUCAUGAUGAUUAUACAGACAACAGACGCGUUCAUCCACUGCAUGUAGCUGCGGGUGCGGGCGCAUACGCCGCUUGUCGGCUAAUGCUGGAGAACGGGGCGAGUGCCAACAUAGCAGAUACUCGAGGCUUUACCCCACUAUCUUACGCCGUGCGAGGACGCCAUUGUACUCCUGCGCUCAUCAGUCUACUGCGCCACUUCGGUUGUCGUCUGCCUCACAUCACGUCUGCGCGCGCCCGUGAGGCAAACCUUGCGGCCAGUAGUGGCAAGCUACGCCAACUCCGAUUCUACCGUCUCGCCGGGCUUACUCUUCAGGCAAAAGGUCGUUCUACACUGCACACAGCAGUUGUUCACCAUCAACCAGAAGUCGUACGUUACUUGAUCACUCCAGUUAAAACGGUUGUAAGUGUUCCAGAUUUCGACGAUAAUGAUGAAAAUGAGUCCUUUGAACAUGGCGGAGCGGGUCUGGACCCGAAUCACUUAACAGGCUACGGAACUACGGCUUUGGAGGAGGCUCGCAAACGAAAUUUCCUUGAUAUAAUUCGAAUACUCGAAUCGGUUUCAAAGGCUUAA